ACUGUACUGAUACCAGGACUUCGAGGGUCUCCAACCUUCCUGGAACCAGUCGAGUUCUAUUCCCACAUGCCUGUCAACUCAUCUAGAGAUCUUUGGUUGGAAAGACAAUGGAAGAAGAGAAGAUGAGAAACAAUUUAGUGACAUACAUUCUCGCAAACUCAAAGUGUUUAAAGACAGUGGAAAUCUCCCUCAUAGCAGCCUUCAAUCUUAAGGAGAGGCAAAAGGAGUUAGUUACCAUGCCUAGGAUUUCAACAUUAUCUAGGCUUCUAUUCCCCAUCCAAAUGGAAUGGGAGUUCAAUGAAACAACUUUUUCAUUAUAUAUAUUGUCAUAUACAGUAUAUGCUAUAACUACUCAAGCUGUCGUUUACAGAUUGCAAUUUUUUUGCCUUAUUAACUCGAAAACUCUAAUUCAGCCAACUUUUUACUAGUCGA